UUUUUUUAUACUCAAAGUUAAUUAAUAUUUACAUUAAUUAACUAUUUACAAUUCAGGUUUUUUUAUCCGGAUUUUUUGGUAAACACGAAAAAUGCGCUGGCAAAUUGGAGGAAAUAUUAGACCAGUGCGUUUAGUUUGCGAGCUUAAUUGGAAGGAGUGUCCAUAUGCUGUUUUAAAUUAUAUGUGGUCUGAAAUAGUAACUGAUGUUGUUGAUUGUGUUACUAAUGAGUCAAUCCUAUUACGAAUAAUAAUUUUAUUACUCGUGUCAACGAUUCUCGUUCACACAAUUUGGUCACGACUAAAAUCAUUAAACGAAAGUGUCCUUACAAAGGACACAUUAAAUGACGUAGGAUAUAAACUACAAGAUCUCGAAUUACGCGUUAAUAUAUUGACCUACAAAAUGCAGUACGGGACCUGGCCGCUGCCCGAGCAGAUAAAAGGAACGAGUAUCGAGGGACAUAAACAAAACAUACGAUUAACUUUAUCAGACAAUCGUUCUUGGUUAAACAAAUGUAUAAAAAAUACCCGCGAUAGCUUCAGCAUGCGAGUCCGCAAGCCGAAAACCGCCGAGACCAAGAGAAUUAAUUACGGGCACGAUGCAAAUGACAAAUUACAUCGGCGCAAAAGUGAUAAGAGUCUUACAGCGAGAGAUAAAAAUGAUUCACGACUUAAAUCCGCCAGCGCAAAGUCCAAGAGUAGCAGAGAGUCGAUUAAUUCUAGUCUGACGUCAUCCAAUGAUUCUUUAGACGGGUCGUCUAAGAAAAGUUUGAAUAAUAAUUCGAUUUAUCCCGUCGAUAAAAUUUUUAAGUCUUCGCAAAAACCAGCCACGACCAAAGAAAGUCUCGCGGACGUCCAGCAGCGAUUGGAAAAAUUGCAAAAUGUUUUGAAAACUUACAGUCAGGAUAAUUUAUUAAUCAUCAAGUCUAAGGACAAUGAUGAUGACGAUGAUAAGAGAGAAUUUAGAGAUUUUUUGAAAGAAUUAAGCGACUUGCGCACUGAUACUGAAAGUGAUGACAAUAAAUUAGAUGCUGAUGUUGAUAAUAAUAAUGAUAAAUUAAUAAUUAAUGAUGACUCGAGUGAAGGAAAAGAUAAAAUUACUGGUAGUGAAAAUAAAAAUGAUUUCACUGGGGAGGGAAAUUUAAAUAAAUGUGAAUUUAAAUCCAAUGAAGAAUUAACUGAUGAAUUAAAUGACAGUUUGAAUUUAAAUGGGAAUUUAGUUGAAGGUUUCAAUGAAACGGAAACUGAAGCGUUGAAACGGACUUUGAUAAAUGAAUUUUAUUUAGAAAAUAAUUUAAUGGGUGAAGAUAAUUUUGGGUUUAACUCGCAAUUAAAUUUUACGCAGUCGAAAUUACUGGAUAUUAUUAAUGAAGAGCAGUCGGGCAGCAGUUGCACGGAAAAAAUAAGCAAGACGAUGAUUUGUUUUAAAAAAAUAAGCCAGGAAGCGGAAAUUCUAGACGCUGUUGAGGGAAAAAAUUUAAUUCAAGAUGAAUCACUGGAGCUGAUCCAGGAGUUGCGAUUUAAUGAGACUGAUUUAGAUGAGGAAGUAGAAUUUGUUGGUAAAAAUUGUGGGAUUGGUUUAGAGAAAUGGGAAAAUUUUGAUGAGUUGUCGAUAGCACGCGAGUCUAGUGAGCUGGUAAAUAAAUUAGAGAUCACGGAAGUUAAUGGAGGGGAUGAAAAAUUAGACGGCUUAAUGAUAAAUGAAAAUAAAAAUGAAAAUGAAUUGAAUAUUUAUGAUUUAUUGGAAAUAAAAAAUGAAGGAAGUGGAGAUAAAAAAUUAUUAGAAGAGAAAAUAAAUAUGGAGUUCAUUAAAAGUAAUGAAGAUCUGAUAGAUUUGAAUGACGACGCAGAAAUAAAAAUAGAUAAUGAAAAAAUAAAAGAUUUUGAUAAAUUUAAUUUAAUUGAUAGUGAGGAACUCGAUGAUUUUAAUCUGAGUGACGAACCUCUGACGGCAAGGACGAUAAUUAAUGAAAAUAAAUCUGAAAAUUCGGGUGAUAUUAAAAAUUUGAUAGAACUGGAGCAGCUGACAUUCGAAGCUCUGACGCGGGUUGAAAGUUCAUGGGACACUGAGAUAACUAAAACAAUAUCUGAAGCAUCGACGAUCAAUUUUGAUUCGCUGGACGAGGAUUUGAAGCUCAACACCAGCGAAAUAAAAUCCCUGAAUGUUUUGUCUAAAGAGAGCAGCGUUUAUUUGACAGUCGAUUCUAUUUCGGAUUUGUCUGUCGACAAAAGUCUGGAGUCUGGUGAUAAAAUAAAUUUACUUGAGCCCGACAGUUUGGAGAUGAAUGAAAAUAAUUUUGAAAAAGUGGCAGAAAAUUCAAGCGGCGCUCGGACACCGGCUGAGAUAAAUAAAAGCAGUGAAUUGACAAGUUCGUUAUCUGACAAAAUGUUUCAGCAGAAUAUUUAUAACAGCGAGUUAAAUUUAUCUUGCGAUAAAUCUAAUGGUCUGAUAAACAAUCCGAGUGAUAAAAUGAAUAAAAAAUCACGGGCUAAUUCGCUAACGGGAAUAAAGUCUUUUAAAAUAUCUGGGGACGGGGAAAAAAAUGGAGAAAAAAUUUUAAACACUAAAAUAAAUAAUAAUUCACAAAAAACGCGUAGUAAUUUAAAUUUGACACGCGAUAAUGAGCAUGAGAAAGGCGAGAGACGUGUAAUUAAUUUGCAGAGGCGCAGCAAAUCGUACGUGACCCCUAGAAAAGUCGAAGCAAGUCCAAGGAUUAAUACCGGGAAUGCUAAUAAAUUAUAUAAAUUUAAUUCAAGAUCACGUGAGUCGAUGAAUAAAUUAUCUAAAUCCUGUAUUCCGGUUCUGAAGACCCGUUUGGAGAGUAAGAAAGACGAUUGCAGGCCUAAAAGUCCAGCUCGCGGGCCGCUGACUGUGUCUGUCAGUCUGGAAAAUUCUAAGCAAAAUAUCCCGGUGAUUACUGAAGGCGCUUUUUGUAGACCGGUAGUAAAACGCGGUAACUCUGCUGUUGAUUCAGAAGCUGGAGGUAAAAGACACUUUGAAGUAAUGAGUGAUAAAAAUAAGGAGUUAAUUAUGAAGGACCAGACAAUUAUUUACGUGAAUGUCGUCACUGACAGCGAUAACUGUGUGACCAAAGUUAUUGAUCCCAAAACAUUUUUGGAGUUUAUAAAAGACCGGGAAUUAAAUGUACAAGAAGUUAUUGACAAAAGUGUCGGUGAAAAUAAUUCAGAUAAUUCUGAAGAUAAAAAUAAAAAUUCUAAAAUAAUAACUGUCGUGUCGUCAGCAAUUAAUAGUAAUAAUAAUAAUAGUAAUAGUAAUAGUAGUAAUAAUAAUAGUAAUAAUAAUAAUUUUGUGUGCAAUAAAUUAAAAGAGAAGGAAGUGUUAGCGAAGCCUUCAAUAGCACACACGAGCACAUCGAUAUCAGAUUUAUCAGGAAUUUCAAAACUUAAAUUGCCAGUUGACCACAAGCGUGUUCCUGACCGGCCGUCAAAUUUAAAUGUCGCGGGCAUUGAAAAUAUUUUUAAACGCAAAAACAAUAAAUCUAAAUGACAGUGAUUGUAUUUUAAUGAUGAUGUUUUGUAAAAGUAUUUUAAUUUGUACUGCGCUUUUAAAUUUUAAAUAU